CGCUUUCCACCUCUCAGCCCCCGUCCACGACGCUCUCAUCGUACUAGUCAAGUACAGUCAUUCUACUCUCGCUUUCCGUCAUAUUCUGCAGCACGGAGUCAUCAUCACUCAGCCCGAGGCACCGCUCUGACUCGACCGGAAGGAGCUGGCCGGUACCCGCGCAUUGCUGUACCAUCUUCCCGUUCCUUCAUAAGCUGCCUCUGGAAGCAAAGUCAUCUUUACUUGUACUUUCACUUGCACGCUCCACCUCGGGUGUAUGUCUACCGCUUCGACUAGCGCAAGCGCACCAACUGCUGCAGGCUCAGCACCGUCAAACCCUCGACCUCGACGCCAACCUCCUCGGCCUCGACCCACACAACCUGAAGAAAAUACCGAUGCUGUAGCUGGCCAGUCAACCUCGGCGAAAACCUCAGGAAAUCAAGGGCAGUCUCGUAGGCGGCAACGACAUCCAAGACCUGAUGGGAAAGCUGGCGGAGACGAGAAGGGUAGGGCUGGAGAGGAUGCGGGAGAGAAGAGCGGGGCUUUGACUAUAGCUGGAGACGCCUCCAAUUCUGGUCCAAAACGACCCCAGCGCACCCGAGAACCCAGAAAGCAGCCCGUCGAUGGCGCCACGAGCCAGCUCGAGACGAACGAGAAGCAAUCCGACAAACCAUCAGGUGGUCCGAAGGGCAAGCGUCGCGCAGCCAAGUUCGAUGGCGGCCUGACAGAUGUUUCACGUUUCUCUGAAGGAGAGCCUAAGCAGGAACAGUCGAGCUUUCGCAAGUACCGCAGAGAACUACCCACGGCCGACGACCUGACCUCCAGACUCACCCGUGAGCUCAGCACCCCUCCUUACCCCGACUGUCUCAUUUGUUUCUCCGUUAUCCAUCCUGCACAACCCACUUGGUCCUGUUCGCCCUUGAUCCCCAUAGCUGCUGCGAUGGAUGACGAAUACGACAAGGUUUCGACCAAGACAACCGAGACUGCUCAAUGCUGCUGGACAACUUACCACCUCAAGUGCAUCCGCUCGUGGGCUUCCAAGAGCGUGAAGGGUGUUGAAGAGGCGUGGCGUGCGCGAGGGGAAGAGCGUGCGGGCGAGUGGAGGUGUCCUGGUUGCCAAUCGAAGCGGUCGGCCGUCCCGGCUUCGUACUGGUGUUAUUGUGGCUCUACGCCUGAUCCCAAGCCACCACGACUUGCAACACCGCAUUCGUGCGCCAGUCCGUGUUCCCGCGCUCGCGCAUGUGGGCACCCGUGUCCCCUUUCCUGCCAUCCCGGCCCUUGUCCCCCAUGUCAGGUUACCAUACAAGUACUUUGCUUCUGCGACAAGCAGGUGCUAUCCUUCCGUUGCUCGAACCUUGCUCCAAGCCGCGCCGGAAAGCCCGCGAGCCCGUCUUGCGGGCAAGUCUGCGGCAAACGUCUCGGAUGUGAUAAUCAUGCAUGCGAGGCGGUUUGUCACGAUGGCCCAUGCGCCCCGUGUACAGUCAAGGCGUCGGCGCAGUGCUACUGUGGGAAGGAAGAGCGUGAGCUGGGAUGUGGGGAAGGAGCUGAGAAGUUUUCGGUCGUCCUCGAAGAUGGCUUAGAAAGAAGGUGGAUCGGGCUCUUCGAGUGUGGCAACGUGUGUGAUCGGUCCUUCGACUGUGGCAUCCAUCGCUGCGAGCAAUCAUGCCAUGUACCGUCAUCAACGCCCGCUCCGUGUCCGAGGUCUCCAUCUCGUGUGAAGACAUGUCCAUGCGGCAAGCAUGUAUUUGAUCCCGCGUCCGCUCCUUUCUUCCCCGUCAACACCAGGCUCGCCCGCGCAGCUUGCACGGACCCGAUUCCGACCUGCGAGUCCAUGUGCAUGAAGCCCUUGGAAGGCUGCUCUCAUCUCUGUGCAACGAAAUGCCACACUGGUCCCUGUCCACCGUGCUCGAUCAGCCUUGUCCGACCAUGCCGAUGCGGAAACAUUACUCGCGAUGUGCCAUGUCACGAAGACCAGAAACGCUCUCGCGGAAAACUAGAAGAGACUCUCUGUGACAAGCCGUGUGCUGCUCUGCGCGCGUGUGGCCGCCAUGAGUGCAAGCGUCCGUGCUGCCCUCUGGCUUCUCUUGCUACCGCGACCAAGGGGAAGGGCAAGAAGAAGGCUGUAGACACGGGUUCCAUCGUUGAUGAAGCAGGAUGGCAUGAGUGCGAUCUGCUAUGCGGUAAACCUCUCGCCUGUGGCAACCAUAGCUGCGAGCUUCGUGACCACCGAGGUUCUUGCCCAUCCUGUCUAAGAAGCUCAUUCGAGGAGAUGGUCUGCCAUUGUGGUCGGACAAUUAUCGAGCCACCCAUUCCCUGCGGCACCCGGAUCAGUUGUCGCUAUCCUUGCGAUCGCCCUCCUCUACCAUGUGGUCAUCCCAAAACCCAGCAUGCCUGCCACGAAGACCCUAUGCCCUGCCCGCCGUGUCCUUUCCUUACGGCCAAGCAAUGCGCCUGCGGCAAGAAGAUGGUCGGCAACAUUAAAUGCAGUCAGGAGACUGUCUCUUGCGGAACGAAGUGCGGUAAAUUACUCUCGUGCGGCUUCCACCACUGCGAACGCUUGUGUCACGGCGACGCUUGCGGGUCGUGCCAUGCCGUCUGCGGCAAGUCUCGCAAGCUCUGCCUCCCUGCGAACCAUCCCUGCACAUUACCCUGCCACGCUCCAGCUUCUUGUUCUGAGGCAGAGCCGUGCCUUACUCCCAUUACCAUUACCUGCCCCUGCGGACGAAUCCGCCAGUCGGUCCCUUGUGGAAGAAACACAGCCAAUCCAGCCGGCCAGGAAGGCUCUCAACAGCUCAAGUGCUCGAACGAAUGUGCCGUCGCCAAGCGCAACGCUCGGCUCGCCGAGGCUCUGGGCAUCAACCCCGAGGGCCGCUCUUUCCAAGUCAACUACUCUGAGGAACUUCAGGCCUUCGCGCGCGCAAACAUCAAGUUCUGUACACUUGUCGAGAAGACCUUCGCCGACUUCAUCACCUCAAGCAAGCGCAACCAAAUUUUGCCGCACAUGCCUGAGGCCCGCCGCAAGUUCGUGCACGACCUCGCGGCGGUGUACCGCCUGGAUACUCAGAUGAUCGACCAAGAGCCGUACCGGAGCGUGCAGCUCUUCAAGCGCAUGGACACGCGCGUGCCCGCGCCCGUUCUCUCUGCAGCCGUCGCACAAAGCGCCGCGGUCGCUCCGUCUCUUGGGAGGCUUGCGGACCUGCGCGCGCCCGUCGCGCAGCUGCCUCGUCCGCUGGUCGGUCCUGGACGCUCGCUUGCGGCCACGCCGAUAUCGACGCCGCCGCCCCAGGCGCCUGCGGGCACCCGCGGAUGGACGUCCGUCGUCGCGCGUCCGCAGUCUGCCCAGCAGAGCACACCAGAUCCGAACGCGUGGCUGUUGGGCGGAGGUGAGAGGCCAGGAUCGUCCGUUGCUUCGUCGUCCACUGCUGCACCGCCUGUUCGAUCACGGGCGGUCCCCUCGCCUGCGCCCGUGCAUGUUCCACCUGCAAUUCAGACUAGCCCAGAGGAUAUACCUGAUGAUUGGGAAGACGAAGUUUAGAGCUGAAGUGUACAGACGAUGAUCAAUAGAGUAAAUUGUAUCUGUUUGGAUUGCGACAGUUUGGUAUGUAAGGAGGUCGCUAUCCUUCGGCAUGAACUAUCUUGCGGACAUCGUACAGGGUAUGAGCUAGUCAGGCGUCGUUCUUAGCCAGUUCUUCCCACGAAGGCAGCCCGUAUACAGCGGGCAGCUCGGUCCAGGCGGCAUCCCUCUUCUGCCGAUCUUUGUCAUAGUCGGUUUGUGAGGCUGGACAGAUCUUGCCUCCUCUUACUGAGAGGAUGAGAAACGGGUCGAAGAAGUUAUCGACCACCUCUGCUGUCUGUUGCACGCGAUGCCAUUCGGAGAAACAAGUUGAAGUGCUGUAGCCACAUGUGUGGGAGAACACGGUAGGAUGUGUCCUCCGGCGCGCCAUCAGAGACAGCUUGUCUCGACUUAUAAGAAUGACAUUGCGGUCAAUGGGAUCCAGAGCGUCCUGGGCAAGAAUAUCCUGCACGGAUCGUGACGCCGCUUGCAAAUAUGCAGCCGGGAGGAGUAUACGGGCAUUCGAACGCCGCGCGGCUGUUGUCGUCGCGGCUGUGAGGGCCCAAAAGUCGGAUUCGGUCUGGCAUGCCUUCUGAUGCGAAAGCUGAGACCUCAGAGCAUCAUACUCCGUGAGUGCACUCGGGAACUCGAGUGAGAGCAUGGCGAUUGCCCUGUUUCGCACACGACUUGCUUGGUACUUGGUGGCGAUAUCCAGGAUUGUUGUGAGCUUUAGGCUUCUGCGGAGGUUAUCCAUGAAUCUGCGGGCAACUCCGUCACUUACACGCCGCCAAGGGUAG